AUGGGUGGGAUAGGGAAAACCACAUUGGCCCAAGUAGUAUAUAAUAAUGAUCAAGUGAAGCAAAAAUUUGAUCUUAGAGCGUGGGUUUGUGUUUCUGAAGAAUUUGAUGUCCCUAAGAUCACCAAUAAUAUAAUAGAGUCUGUCACGUCUCAUGCUUGUGAUAUGAAAGAUUUAAAUUUACUUCAACUUGAUCUGAAGGAGAUGUUAUGUGGGAAGAAAUUCUUGAUUGUUUUAGAUGAUAUUUGGAAUGAAAAUUAUCUUGAGUGGGAUCUUUUAAGAAGACCUUUUCUAUCUGGGACCAAAGGGAGUAAAAUCCUCGUAACAACUCGUAGUGAAAAGGUUGCUUCAGUUGUCCGAACUCUUUCAUCCUAUCAUGCAGGUCAAUUAUCUGAUGAUGAUUGUUGGUUGAUAUUUGCAAAACAUGCAUGUCUCUACAUGGAUUCUGUGGUGGAUUCAAAUCUAGAAAGCCUUGGUAGGGAUAUUGUUAACAAAUGUAAGGGGCUCCCUUUAGUUGCCAAAACUCUGGGAGGCCUUUUGCGCUUCAAACGUGAUAUUAGGGAUUGGAAUAUGAUAUUAAAGAGUGAAAUGUGGGACUUGUCAGAGGAGGAGAGUGAAAUUCUACCAGCUUUAAGAAUCAGUUAUCAUUAUCUCUCUCCACAAUUAAAACAAUGUUUUGUCUAUUGUUCCAUGUUUCCUAAAGAUUAUGAAUUUGAGAAAGGGGAAUUAAUCUUGUGGUCGAUGGCUGAAGGUUUCUUAGAGACAUCAAUGAAAGGGAAGACUUUAGAAGAAGUGGGGGAAGAGUAUUUGCAUGAUUUAGUUUCAAGAUCGUUUUUUCAGCCCUUGCUACAGCUGCAGUCUGGCAAGGGAAAUGAAAUUACUGACAUGACACGCCAUGUGUUUUGUGGAGAAGGAGACUUUAGCUCUAUAAGCAAAGCAAAACCUUUGCGGACAAUUCUUGUGAGGAAAGAGUGUGGUGGGUUUGUGCCAUCAAACAGAUUUUCAAAGCUUAAGUGCUUGCGUGUAUUAUCACUCUACAAUGUCUUGUCUGGGGCAUUGCCAGAUUCAAUAAACAAAUUGAUCCAUUGGCGCUAUUUAAAUCUCUCUCGAACUAGUAUCAAAAAGUUGCCGGACAAUUUAUGCCUCUUGUACAAUCAACAAAUGCUGAUAGUGAGAGGUUGUGAUGGUCUGACCAAGCUGCCCAAUGACAUGAAGAAGCUUGUGAGCUUGCGAUACCUUGAUGCUUCUCAUUCUCAAUUACAAGCAAUGCCAAGAGGAAUUGGUGAAUUGAAAAAAUUGCACUUUCUGAGUGACUUUGUAUUGAAUAGAGUUGAAGGGGCUAGAAUUAAAGAAUUGGAUGGACUUCAAAAUCUCAGCUCAUCCUUAACAAUCAUGAACUUGCAGCAUGUAUCCAAUGGUGAGGAAGCCUCAGGGACAAGAUUGGUAGAUAAGCGGUCAAUUGAAAUUUUAUCUCUGACAUGGAAUGAUGCUGGUGAUAUUGCCAGGUCAAGAGAGACACUUGACAAUCUACAGCCUCAUGUGAACCUGAAAUGUCUCCAUAUUUAUGGAUAUAAUGCAACUGCUUUCUCAAAUUGGUUAGGAUGCCCAUUGUACUGCAAAAUGGUUCGAUUGAUCCUUUAUGAUUGCUUCAAUUGCAGCCUGUUGCCGCCACUUGGGCAACUACCUUCUCUUCAAACGCUACAGAUUGAAGGAUUUGAUGCAUUGGUGAAGAUCAGUCCUGAGUUCUACAAGAGAAAUGAUGAUACUUUUUUGGCAACACCCUUUCCAUCCCUCGAAAUUCUCGAAUUUAGAGAGAUGCCUGUCUUGCAGGAAUGGGGGAGCCUAUGUCCCAUAAAUGCUUUUCCUAAACUGAAACAUCUCACAUUAAAGGAUUGUCCUAGAUUAAGUGAUCAUUUGCCUAGUUACCUUCCUGAUUUGGCAACACUCCGCAUUGAUGGAUGUGAUCACUUGGCAGCUUCUAUCCCAAGGGCUCGAUCAAUAUAUAUCAGUGGUUGUAAAAAUAUGGAUUUUUUGGGGCAACAUCAUUUUGAACUUGUGGAGUCCAUCAUUAUAACUAAUAGCUCUGAGACACUUUCUUGCUUGUCAUCACAUAACAUUCCUAAUCUCCAACAACUCAUAAUGACCGGCUGUAAGAAUCUCAAAUCUGUUGUAUUUACAAGGGUUGCUUGUUUGCAUCUCAAGCAUUAA